AUGGUUGAAUCUAGAGCCUCAAAGAAAGGUAGAAAGGGGCGAGUUAGUGAAAUUGGAAAAGCAGAUGAAAUCAUGGAAAAUGAGAUCUGGAAAGAUUUUCCUGAGGAUCUGUUUGAAGGUGUACUAGCAAGGUUUUUCCGGUUCCGUUCAGUUUGUAGGGAGUGGAAUUCAUUGCUUACUUCUGAAAGCUUCUCCCAGCAAUGUGGCCAAGUAAAGCAUGCUAAGCCUUGGUUCUAUGCCAUCACCUUCGAUAACACAUAUACGGGAACGGGAGCAAUGUACGAUCCUUCAUCGAACAAGUGGCACCAUCCAACUGUCCCUGCUUUGCCAACCAAAGCAGCCCUAUUUCCAAUGGCAUCAGCUGGAGGUCUCAUCUGCUUAGUUGACUUCAGCCACAGAAGCUUCUACGUGUGUAACCCUCUGACAAGGUCAUUCAAGGAGUUGCCAGAGAGGUCUGUGAAGCUGUUGUGGGAUGAUGCAGCUAUAGGGAUGACGCAGACGCCGAAUGGUGGGUAUAAGAUCCUUUGUGUUGGUAGUGAAGGGGGCUACCAAGUGUACGACUCUGCAAAUAACUUUUGGAUUAGUCCAGGAAGCAUGCCCCCGAGUAUCAAGCUUCCACUAGGGAUCACGUUGUUCACGUGUGGGGUGGUUGCAAUUGAGGGGAGGCUGUAUUUCAUGCGGUCAAAGCCGGACGGGCUCCUGUCGUAUGAGGUGGACACCGGGAUGUGGAGGCAGUACGUAGUACCCAUUCCUCCUCACCAGACUCUGUAUGAUUGUGCAUUGGUGGAGAGCGGGGGCAGGAUCAUGCUGGUGGGGCUGCUGAAGGAGGAUGCAGCGUCAUGCGAAUGUGUAUGCGUAUGGGAGUUGGGGAUGACGACUCUGCAGUGGAAGGAAGUCGACAGAAUGCCAAACAUGUGGUGCUUGGAGUUUUAUGGAAAGAAGAAUGUUAGUAUGAGCUGUCUGGGUAACAAAGACUUGCUUAUGCUAUCUCUUGAUACAACUUGCCACAUGGAUCAACUUUUUAUGUACGAUCUAUCCACCCAGGAAUGGCUCAAGCGCCCUGGCUGUGUGCUGCCGACCAUCUGCACCCGGAAGACCCGAUGGAUUGCCUAUGGCACUGCUUGUUUGACUGCAAUCCCUUAG